AAAUAAGUCGCAAGUCAAAACGCGGGGAGAAGGAAACUAGUUGGCAGUAUAGCAUUUAGCUAAGCUACCAACCGCGUUCAUUUUAAAUGCAAUAUAUAAAAAGUUUGUAUAUAUUUAGUUUCUCUUGAUUUGUAUUUAGCUACUUGAGAUAAGAAGAGCCAAUGGCGAUGAAGACAUCACAUGUUCUUCUGCUUUGUUUGAUGUUUGUGAUUGGUUUUGUAGAAGCUAGAAGAUCAGAUACGGGUCCGGAUAUAAGUACUCCACCAUCAGGAUCAUGUGGAGCUUCAAUUGCAGAAUUCAAUUCAUCACAAAUACUAGCCAAGAGAGCACCACCAUGUAGACGUCCUCGACUCCAAAACUCAGAAGAUGUGACCCACACUACACUUCCUUGAAAUCUAGGAACACUACUCGAUCUAUAUGUAAUGUUGUUUAGAGAUUGUCGAAGUGAUACAUGGAAUGACUCUAAUAUCGAGUAUACCUAUAUUUUCACUAUCUUGAUUUAUUAUGUAUAAUAGGUAAAUCUCGUUCUCUUUUGUUUCCCCAAACUAGAAAUGUUUCAAGAAGUGUUAGAAGAAAUAGAGUCACGGGCAUCAUCUUCUAGUUAAAUAUCAUAAUAAAUCAUCCAACACAAUAAACUGAAAGAGGAUCGCUGAAUGAGGUUGAGGUUGACUACAUGCAUUCUCAAAAUAGAGAGCCUCUCCUGCUGUUAUAGCACCUCUGAUCUCAUUGAAUGACUUAAGCUACAUUAAUUAGAAUGUUUUGUCUAGGUUGCUGCAAUCUAACAUUUUGUGUGAGGCUUUUAUUUUAUUCUUGAACGAAAAUGUUGUUUUGCUAAUGCUUAACCUAGUUGAGACCCCAUAGAUUGAUAAACUAACCAGA